AACACCAAGCACUUCCUUCCAUUCCAUUGACAGUGACAAUGACAAGACAACUUGACAAUGAGUUCAUGCAGUUUAAAUACCCUUUUUUUUAAUUACAGGUGUCGAUUCUGGCAUGGUUGUCUAAACUUAAACUCAAAUUUGACACAACCGUGUGUCCUUCCCAUUAUUUAUACAGAAUGAGAAGGAAAGAUGUUUUUAGUUUUAAGUUUAGAAAAUUAUGCCAGAAUUGACACCCAUAGAUAUACUUUACUAUUUAUGUAGGUACGUACAGCCACUGUUCAGCUAUCUACUUUGUGUCGAAUCGAACGAUUUUGUCGAAAUUUCCGCGUUACGAUUAAUGAAUGUGAUUAUUUAAGUUGUGCUGAAGUGGUGUAAGAUUCUUAGUGUUCACUGUAUUUUUACACAUUUGGGAAUUGGAAUUCUACUCAAUAUUGGGAGUUUCAUCGGGUCCCUAACAAUAACAUCGUUUAGCUUUGAGCGGCGGCUACCGUCGCUUGACAUAAGAUGCGCUCGCUGCUAGCGUACUACGCUGAAGCGGUGAUGUCAGCGGCGGCGCAGCGGGCCGGCUGCGCGCUCGGCUGCAGCGGCCGCGGCGACUGCAUGAACGGCACCUGCCUCUGCGAGAUCAGAUACGCGGGCAACGAGUGCGCCGCGCCCAACCUGCCUUACCAUGCGUGUAUUGGCGGCGUUUUCCUCUUGGUGGCGUUCGUAUGUGCAGUACAGCUGACCAUCUGCGUGGUGUCCGAGUACCGGCGCCUGAAGGCACCCACAUUCCUCAGGGCCUGCAAGGUCACCACGCAGAAGAUGUUGUAUCUAGUGGCAUUCCUCGCAUCCCUCAUUAGGGGGGCUUACUUCGUGUCACCGUCGGCGUUCCAAGAAGGAUGGGCAACCAGUUUGCUGUCGGCCUACUAUCCACUGCUCAUGUCGGGCUCUUCGCUCAUCGUGUGCUUUUGGGCAGAGGUGUUCCACCUCCGCGACAUCCGCUGGGAGAGGCCCCGGUUCCUGUCCAAGUCGUUCUUGGCGUUCGUGACCUUCAACCUGAUCAGCUACUCGCUGCUGGCUGCCGAGGUUCUCACCACCAACGUGGCUGACACUUCUGCUGAGAAGAAGAGUUUCUACCAACACGUAUUCAAUGGAUGUUACGCUGUCCUGCUGUUCAUUGUGGUCAUCUUUUUCCUGAUAUAUGGAGUUGAAGUGUAUUUUAAGCUUCGCGGGGAGUUCCUGAAGGAGACCAAGGUUUGCACGAUCAUACAGCCGCGCCCCGGCCCGUCCACCGCCGGCGAGGGGGAGGAGGUCCAGGAGACGCUUGUCACUAAACAGGGCAUCCAGACAGACCUGGCCGUGGACCCUCGGUCCGUGAACCAGUCGCAGCUGCAUCAGUCGCGGGUGGGGCUCGUCAGCCAGGCGCUGAUGCUGAUCCUGAUAGUGGGCUUUCUGGCCUCGGAGACGCUCAGCGAGUUCUGGAAGACCAAGGUCCCAGUAGUGUCUCGCAACUGGCACGACCUGGUGUUCCGUCUUGCCGAGAUCGGAGUCGCGCUAUGGUUCCCUUGCGUUUUAUGGAACUCCAUGGCUCCGGAGAGACUAUGGCUACUCAACCCUCGACGAUUGCUGGCCAGACAGCUGGACGAUGCCCGCCUGACAGAUCUGUUGGCCAGCCAUCGGGAUGUCAAGAACGUGGAAACAGACUCGCUCGUGGGCAGCGUCGGCUCCUCCCGCGACUGUUGGAUCUGCUACGACAGCAGCCGGCCCGAGCCUCUUAUUCAGCCGUGCCGUUGCUCCGGCGACGUGGCGGCCGUGCACCACGACUGCCUGCGGCGGUGGCUCGUCGAGAGCGCUUCCACGCCCGACGGCCUUAAAUGCAAGGUCUGCAAUACGCCCUAUAUUGUCCAGGAGACUAACAGAGUGGAGUGGGAGCGCGGGUUCACGUGCGUGCACUGGGUGCGCACGGGGCUGGGCGUGGCGUGCAUGUGCGGCGCGGGGGCCGCGGCCUGGGUGCUGGUGCAGCUGUUCACCUCCAUCUACGUGCGGGUGCUGGCCGCCGGCGCUGCGCUGCUCGUGUGCUACGUGGCUGCCAGAUUCCUAGGUAUGAACACUGUGACAGCAUACCAGCGUGCCAAGGUGUCUUCCCUCAGGAUUCUGACAGAGCCUUUGUCCGAGCAACCCACCGGCCUGGCUACCAUCAGCAAGACGGUUACCGUUGAGGUAGCUUCCAAGACCCUUCUCGAUCAAGCCUUGAAAGGGGAAUUCCAGUAAGAAGUUGUGAACAGAAGACAGUGAAGUGAUCUCCAAACUUAUUGUUGCGAGUUCUCUGAGUUAAAUCGAUUAAAGGUUUCGGUGAAAUUUACACGAUCAGCUCAUUACUUACGUUGUGAAAUAAAUUGUGUUCCAGUUGAAGAAUCGCUAUUACAAACAGUGUAUGUGACUUUCAAUGUGCCACAUCAAGUUCAAGUUAAAUUGGUGAAGUGUUUUUGUGAAGUAAGUACUGUCAAUAGUUUACAAAAGUUGUGGGUAAAUUGGAAUUCAGUUGCGAGAAAGGUGAAAAAUUUCGAUGUUUAAAGACUGGUUUGAAUUGCAUUAGCACAUGUAAUGCUAUAGAUGUUCUGUAUUGCCAAACUGACUUUUCGUACACGCAUUAAAUAAUUUUAAUGGACUUUAAAUUUUAAUGUGUGUAUUUGAGAUGUAAAAAUCCGUA